AUGGUCCAUUUAAGAAGAUCUAUUGGUCUGGCUGGAACAAGUACCGGCAACUUGGCUACUUCCAUCAGACAAAUUUAUAACCGAGAAGUUGUGUUAAAUCCAGAAGGUGCACAAAACUACACACAUUUACAGUCCCGGUUUUGUCUUAAUAAAAUGCGACGUCAUCGUCGUCCAAAAAAUCCAAUCUCUAUUGAUCAGUUAGCAAAUAUAUUGAAUGAACCUACAACAUCUACAUCAUAUAUAUCAACAUGUCCUUCUGUAAGAUUUUUUCAACAUGAUUGUCAAUUUAUGGUAGAUUUAGAACGAGUUGGUGUAGUAUUUGCUAAUACAGAUGCAAUCGACAAAUAUAGGGGAGAACUACUCCAAUCAAUUACCAUCGCAGGAGUAGAUGGUACUUUUAAAACCGUGCCGAGAAAUCCUCCUGAUUUGAAAAAAGGCUACCUGCUUACUUUUUAUAUAGUUUUCAGAAAUGUGUCUUUUCCAAUGGUGUAUGCAUUGACUACAAGGAUGACACAGUUCACAUAG